AUGCUAGCAGUUAGGAAGGUGAGGAGGAAACUCAGGAUGGGGACCAUCUGCUCCCCCAACCCCAGCGGGACAAAGACAUCAUCGGAGGUCUGCAAUGCCGACUGGAUGGCCUCGCUCCCCCCUCACCUCCACAACGUCCCCCUUUCCAAUCUGGCAAUCCCAGGCUCCCAUGAUUCGUUCAGCUACUGGGUAGAUGAGAAGUCCCCAGUGGGGCCCGACCAAACCGCAGCCAUCAAACGCCUGGCCAGGAUCUCCUUGGUGAAGAAGCUCAUGAAGAAAUGGUCUGUGACGCAGAACCUGACGUUCCGGGAGCAACUGGAAGCUGGCAUCCGCUACUUCGACCUGCGUGUGUCUUCCAAACCCGGAGAUGCCGACCAGGAGAUCUACUUCAUUCACGGACUUUUUGGCAUCAAGGUCUGGGACGGGCUGAUGGAGAUUGACUCAUUUCUCACCCAACACCCCCAAGAGAUUGUCUUCCUAGAUUUCAACCACUUCUACGCCAUGGAUGAGGCCCACCACAAACGCCUGGUUCUCCGGAUCCAGGAGGCCUUUGGAAACAAGCUGUGCUCCGCCUGCAGUGUGGAGAGCAUGACGCUGCGAGCCCUGUGGGAGAAGAAGUGCCAGGUUCUUAUUUUCUAUCACUGUCCCUUCUACAAGCAAUACCCCUUCCUGUGGCCUGGAAAGAAGAUCCCAGCGCCCUGGGCAAACACCACAAGUGUGAGCAAACUCAUCCUCUUCUUGGAGACCACUCUGAGUGAGCGGGCCCCGCGCGGCUCCUUCCACGUCUCUCAAGCGAUUCUCACCCCCAGAGUGAAAACCAUCGCCCGAGGCCUGGUUGGUGGCCUCAAGAAUACUCUGGUUCAUAGGAAUCUUCCUGCCAUCCUGGACUGGGUGAAGACUCAGAAGCCCGGAGCCAUGGGUGUCAACAUCAUCACAUCUGACUUCGUGGACCUGGUGGACUUCGCCACGACUGUCAUUGAAUUGAAUGACCUCCUCCAGGAGGACAGAGCUUUGGCUAAAUGCUGA